AUGCCACCAUCGGCAGUUAUCAUCCGGUUUUGUUAUACGUUUGUGGAUAUGCACAAUGAGUUAGAUGGGUGCAGACUUGGCAUUGCUCAAUGUUUGAACGGCUUCGCUGCCAUGGACUCCAAGCGGAAGGGCAAGAUUUUGCCCAAGAGUUUGACACGCCCCAGGUCUGCAUCUGUAGACUCGCCCUUCGCCAAUCAUGACAAUAGCAACGACGAUCUGGACAUCGCAUACACUUUUUCGCACGACUAUCUCAAGACAGACCCGGCUUUCAGUCCCGCAGUGGUCUCCGGACAGAAACCCUAUUCCAUAACUACCGCCGCCACUAGCAGUCCGUUAGAGGUAACAAAGGAACUUGCGAAUAGCAUCGUGCAUCCUAGGCGCACGCUAGUGCAGCAUUUCGAAAGCAAGACUGCAAAGAGCUUGUCAAAGGCCACGCGGCCUUAUAUCACCCCUCAGGUUGAUCGAGAAUUUCUCGCUGCGCAUGAUGCUCUCUUCGACGCGGAGAGGGCAGCCGAAAACGAACCGUCUCAUAGAACACGCAGUAGGAGAAGGACGACUAGUGGGGGUUCAAAGAGAAAAGACCGACAAGAACUAGAUACGAAGACGAUGAUUAAGAAGGAGGAAAAUAGGGGCAGGACUGCUGUCGAGAAUGCUCCAAAUCAGGAUCUUGAUCAACAACAACAACAACCACCUUCAACCGAUGCCGAAACACAAAGGAGAAAAGUCGAGUUGCUCGAGGCUCAUCGACAAAGCCUGGCAGUGGCGUGGAUUACGAGCAGACAUCUAAAAUGUGUACGACUGGCGCCAUCCAAGGUUGUAAGCUUUCCAACUUUUGAGGACGACAAAUUUGUUGAGAGGAACGACAAUGGAGAAGAGGCAUGGUGGAUGGGCAUUCGUGAACUCUAUCGAUGGGAAAAGCCGUGGCAGACAGCAUUCUGGUAUGGGGUAUUUUCCUUUUUAUGGUAUACUCAGCAUGUGGUGGGCUUUCUGUACGUGUAUAUCAUCUUCAUGGUUCUGAAGAGUAGGCUGUACCCGAUGGAUGUAGUUUCCAUGCGAGAAUCGCUAGAUCGAGUGCUGGACAGAGGUGCCCAGGCAUAUCGGUGUGGCGAGCUAGUUGAUCGGCAUGGACGCGACAAAUGGCUUCAUUCUCUGCUGGAUGACAUCGCACCGUUUUUACGACUACAGCUUGGCGAUUUGGCAAAUUUUCUUGAGAUUCUACGAAAUUUCUACUCCUGGCGCAACCCAUCGAAGACGGCGGCGACUCCGUUCUUUUUCUUUUCGUGCUUACUUGUCAGCGUUUUCGCGGAUAUGGAGUUUUGCAUGAAGAUGUUUUGGUUCAUAGCAAUCAACACCUUCUUUCUCAGCUGGCCGGUUUCCGGCCGAUACCCACGAUAUCGUCAUAUUGUCAGCCCGAUUCGCUGGGUUUUCUGGGAUAUACCCUCUUAUCCGGAAUGGGCAAUACGUUUCCUCCAACAACAUGAGAUCCUCCGUCGACACGAAAUGAACAGUCAGAACCUGUCCCAUGGCAGCCACACUUUUUCUCAACGAGACCACUUGACUGAUGAGGGAGACGGCAAUGAUGAGGUAUUUUACGAUGCUCUUGAGUCCCAGAAGCAAAGUAAACAGCCGGAGCAAGCAAACAGCAAUGCCAACUACAGAAGUAGAGACAGCACUGCGGCCAUCGUUCAUUCUGUGUAUUUUACCUGCUAUUACCAUGGUCAUGAGGGACGGCUUAUAGUAUCCUCGGAGGGAUUGCGGUUCGUCGAAAACCCGCGCCUUCUCAGGGCUCUCAACGCACCCAAGAAACAGAAGCCUCGGCUGAAUCAGAAACCGCAAUGGUCGUACAGUUUCGGGCAACUAGUGCAAAUGACGAAACAGCAGACUCCCGCCUUCUCGAAGCUAGCAGGGCUCGACCGCAAUCUAGGGCGGUUAGACCUAGAGUUCAUGGUGGGAGAGCAGGGGGAGGGCGGAAGCAAGACUCCGUCUGCCGGGGAGAUUGAAGCGCCGUACGACACAAAGACGCGGAUUGAGAAGCUUGAUGUCGCCCGGGCGGAACGGGAUGAGAUUUUCAAUUUGAUUGUCGGAUGGAGCAGGAAUUGCUGGCAGGCGGCGGGCGUGGACAAGUAG